AGUCAUUUGGCGAAGAAUUAUCAUAUGAUCAAAAUUCCGAAACAAAAAUUUGAAUGACGCGAGGGGACAACUAUGCAUAGCUCUACGUUUCUAUGGCGCCCCUUGGAACGCGCAUGGCAGCCCCACGUUGCGUAUUUAAGGGCUGAUGGUUCGCCUUUCUCAUCACUGUACCGCCAUCCGCAGACCUGGAUCACGGAUAACACCCCACUAGAACCGGAAGUUAUAACCACUUGACAUCCCAGGAUCUCGAAGUUCGAAAAACCGGAAGAACAAUAUCGGGUCGAAUAACGAUUUGAAAAACUAAGCGAUACAGAAAUGAAGUGCAAUACUGCGAUGCUCGUGAUCGUCUCUCUGACAACUUUGGCAGUUCUCUCCGGACAAGCACUCGCCAUGUUACCGGUUCAGUGCAAUCCAGGACUUUUGGAUGACGUACCGCCAAGGAUUCGCAAGGUCUGCGCAGCCCUGUCUACCAUAUAUGAGCUCGGUACUGCUAUGGAAAGCUAUAUCGACGACAAAGUUCCAGUUCUUCACGAGAACAUCCCACUACCGGAUAGCGGUGUCAAACGUCAAGAUGUCGACCACAUAUUCCUGCGUUUCGGAAGGCGACGCUAAGAAUUCCCUAGAAGCUAUAGGUGUGACGAGAGCAAGAGACGAACCUCAAGAAAACUAAAAGAAAAGAAAGAAUAGAAUAGAUAAUGAUAAGACACAGACAAAUGAAAAUACAAAACACAUAUUAUAAAAACGAUUCCUCUCAUCGUUUCGGAUACAAGAAUAAUAUUUCUCUUUCCAUUUAACCAAAUCACUGCGUAUGAGCCUAUAACAGUUAUCUCUAGGGAUUUUUAUUAGACGUAAGCUAGACAGUUUGCGCAACUUUACGUUUUCGCUUGAAUGUUUAGACAGUUUUGUUUUCUUUAGAAGAAUUUUUUUCAAGUUCAAAUAUACUAUGUGUCAAAUAAUAAAAUGCUUAAUUUCUCGACAUGAUGGAGGUUGGAUAUUUUCAUGUCAAUGAAAGUCUGAUUAGAUUAUAAUAUUCUGAAAGAAUAUGAAAUAUUGUUUAGGGUUUCAUAAAUAUUUCAUUAUAUUCGCUCAAUUUUGGAAAAAAUUAUUUUCAACAGUGGUACAAAGAAAAUUCAGCAAAGUGGAUCAAUUUUGAAUAUCGUCAUUAUUAAGGCCAGAAAUAUUAUUUCUACUUGCAAGGUCAUACGCGGUGUAAGGAAUGACGAGCGAGGAUUGUGACAAAGUAACGUGAAGAAAAAAAAUAAUUUUAAUUCCUUCCUUUUUCGCGCCCACCGAACCUUACCUAACGUUACCUAUUUUACAUAAGUAUAUACAAGUAUUGCAGUAUUAUAUAUAUGUAUUAAAGCUACACUUGACGUAAAUAAAAUGAAAAAUUCCAACUUAAACGUUAACUACUGUGUGUAGCUGUUGAAUUAAAUUAAUAGCUGCUAAACUUAUAUCCUUAAGUACACUUGGGAAAAGUAUAGCGCUUCUGUUUUCGGUGUCUCAACUCCGAUCAAGUUCCGUAUUGAGGAGAGGGAUUGUUAUUAAACGUGCGCACGUUGUACGCUUGAGAUGUCAUCGAACGGAAUAACUUUUUACCGGAAGACUGAAGUAGCAUGGGAAAAGCCGGCUGAGUUUAUUACGAUUAGAGAACGUCGACGGGUGAACUAUCAUGCAAGCUCGACGAAACUUUAUCGUCUCUCAUUUGUACACCAAUUUCUUUUCAUUUUCCGUCUCGAUGGAAGCUUCCUUUUUAUCUUUGCUAAAUUUCAUUAAUUCUUUUUUUUUAUAUACGUAACGUUAACGCAAGAGAUAUAUAUAAAUUAAUUUCCGCAAUUGUCUUUAUAAUUAUUUCAUGCGAUUAUACGAAGAUAGAAACAAUAUGUGCCAAACGCUUGGAUUACAAGAAUAUAAUGUAACAAUGAUUGUAUAGCACUGUUAAACAAUUUAAAUAAUUUCCAAUUUUUCCCAAUACCUCUUCAUCAAGUAUACUAAACUGUUUUUGAAAUCUCUAACGAAAAAAAAUAGUGAUCUUAUUAUGAUAACUAUGGCUGAUGUAUUUGACCAGAUGUAUGUAUACCACAUUACAAAAUGAUUAUAUAUUUAUUACAAAUUAUAUGUACAUAAAGUUUCUCUUGGAAAAUAUCAUCUUUGUCUCGCAAUUC